UCAGUCAUCGAUCCGCCAGUUUGAUAAAUUUGCCGGUUGUGUUUCUUAAUUUUUAUUCGGAUAAACAUGUCGGCCGCAGCAAGGAUUGCCCAGUACGUGAUAGUAAAUGGCGAAAUUGGCAGAACAUGGCCAAAAGGAGCUGUGAUAGCGCAAUGUUGUCAUGCCGUUUCCGCUGUAGCACAUACCUACGCUAGUGACCCGGAUACGGUGGAAUACUUUAAGGAUAUAGACAACAUGCACAAGGUUGUGCUGGAGGCACCGGAUGCCGAGAAGCUACUCGGUCUGGCUGAGGUGUUGAAGCAGAACGACAUAGCGCACAAACUGUGGAUCGAGCAGCCGGAAAAUAUACCCACCUGCAUCGCCCUAAAACCCUACCGAAAGGAGGUCGUUCAGAAGUACGUGAAGAAGUUCAAGCUUCUCAGUUAGCCGUUAGAGCCGCUAGACUGUGCAACCAAAGUUGCAAGACUUACCCGAAAUAGAUUGUUUGUUUUAGUGGCUGCGAAUAAAUAAUGGAGCGUUUCUAAAAUUUAAAUUUUACGAAGGUAUAUGUAUUGUGUCUUGCUUUUGAAAACCCAUUGGUUUUUAGGCGAGUGUGAACAUGUUUAGUAAGACGAGAUUUGUUAUGUAGCCAGAUGAACGGUAUAUUUUAAGAAUCUAUAGAGAACACUCCUCUGUAAUUAUUUCAACUGAACGAAAAAGUAUUGACAUUGGAUCCUCAUAGAUAUAGUAUGCUCCAAUCUGAUUAAAAUAUUGAAAUUAGGUGCAUGCAAUUAGAAUUUCAUCAAAUCAAAUUUCGAAAUCACGAUUAUAAAAUCACAGUAGGAGACUAUUUUUGUUUAUUGAGGGUGAUUUGCUGACUUGUCCAUGGAACGGUCAUUUAGGAUAUUUUUCUUUUUGGAUUGUAAUGCGAGUUAGGCUGGUUUAAUUUUUAUUGUUUGUCAUUUUGAAGCAAAAUCAGGCUUUAAGUUAUUGUAAACAAAUACAAGUAGGUGCCAACAAACAACUUUCAAAGAACCCCUGUUCUCAAAUGACUGUUCCGAGGAUAAAUCAACCGAUAGUCUAAAAGUCAUGAAAAAUGAUCCGGAGUCAUCAGAAAAAAACAAGUUUUUACAAUCGACGGAGGGAACGGUAGAAGAAAGUAAUGAUACAAAGGUGUUGAUAGUAUCUCAGGGGAGAUAAGGCGUGAAGACGAAAUUGAAGCAACGCUUAUUAAGUUUUUAUAGCGUUCCGUUUAACCUAAGCCGGGAGAUUCGCGAAUUAAACCAAGCUUUAAUGGGUAUCAGCAUCUUUGGCUCGAGCAGCACGUUCCUCACAAUCAUGUUCCACAAUCAUGGGAACCAAUUAUAACCGGAUGCGAACCCAACUUUUCCCCCAGGUUUGAAUAAAC